AUGUAUUGGAAAAAUGAGGUUUUGGCCCCUCUACCAGAGGGAAAUAAGUUUUUAUCCGAAGGAAUUCCCUCAAAACAGGUAAUGUGAAGAAAACAAUAGCCUACAAAGAUAACCUAUGCGUAAAAUACAAGCGUAAAAAGCAUUUGGAUAUGCAAGCUUGCUUUCUGGUUUAGCAUGCAUGUCUAAGAUACCCACAUAUUGUUGGUUGAUACCAUUGUAUAGACUACACUAGGAUCUUACUGGUAAUCUAUCUGCUGUCAUCAUGUUGCUUUCUUAACUGCAACUGUUUUUAUGUGUGUCUUAAAUUGAUAUCAUAAGAAUCACUGGUUGUGUACAAAGAUCAGCUGCGCCUCGCGCCACGAAGAGACAAGCGCGUCUAUUGUGAAUAGUGUGAUUUGCAGUCCACCCUCUUCAACAUGCCAAUUCGCCAGAGAAGAAUUAGAUUUUAAUUACUGCCAUUAAAAAUCAAAUUUGCAAUUCUUUGGGUGGCCCGUUGCCUUUUCUGAUUGACAGUUGAAAUUGACACUCCGGGUCUCCUCUUAUCGUGAGCAUUUCAAGCUAUUUGUAAUUGCAGGUAGUUUUUUUCGGUUCCCUGGAUUGCGAGGAAAACACGAUGACUUUAAGAGGCAUGGGUUAAGUGCAGAGAAAAAUCAAUCCAAAUUGAAAUAGCUUCAUGAAAACGGCGUCUUUUGUUGCAGUGCCCUAAAUAGCCCACAACAGUUAAAAUCGGGAGUUAUUGUUUGGAUGCUUUAUAUAGCUGCAGGGCUGCAAUGUCUCUCAAGGAUUUCAUGGCUGGAGAUGGAUAGUACUUUAGCCGCGAGUUGACUUCGACUUGCUGUUGAAUCUUGUCUUGUAGGUGAUUUCUCCAGAAACGCCGCAGAGUACACCGGGUGCCUCGCGCUGUGUGGAAGCCAAAUACACACACGUCAUGGUGAGAAGUUAUGUAAACGUUAUAAUGCAUUAUUUGCAAUGUGUGCAUUGUAUUAUUAUAGCAUCUGAAGCUUAAAUUAUUGCCAUGCGUAAAAUGUAAUGUUAUUGCUAUUAGUUGUAUAUUGCCUGUCAAGUAUUUAUGCAACAUAUAAACCAUACAUGUGGCAUAUGUCCGUGCUUUUGGUGACCCUGAUAGCGAGCCUCAAGAUGCUUUUCUAUGCUAAACAUGACUUGGGUCAUGAAGUAGCCUGUUGGCUGUAAUAUUUCAAAUAUUGUGGUCCAGAUGUAUCCAUAUCCUUCUUCUUGUCUUGUUUCUCGUGCAGUCUCACUCAGACGGAGAAUCCCACCGAUCGAACAUGGAGAGGGAGGACACGCGCUCCUCCCCAAGUCCCCCCUCUACCCCGUAUAUCUGCUCACCUAUCUCCACCGCCUCCUCCGUUCCGUCCACGGGGAAGAACGUGUGUGCGAGCUGUGGUUUGGAGAUCCUGGACAGAUACCUUCUCAAGGUGCGAGUGCGCGCGUUAUCGGUCAUGAAAAGGCUAAACCGCAUAUGAUUUCUUUUUUUGCGAACGUAAAAAUGGAAAAUCCUUUUUAACUUACAACUUUCCUAACAUGUUUGAUGUAUUUAGCCCAAGCUACAUCCACGUUGACUUUAUUUGCUUCCUUAUGUUUAAAUAUGAAUACGAAUAUAAAUCAAAUCAAACUCCGAAUUAUGGAGUUUUAGUAGGCUAAAGUGUUGAUCUUCUGAAGCUCCACUGUUUUGAACAUAAUAAUAUAUUCUAAACAAAGGAAAUGACAGUAGCAUAGAUGGGCCAGGGUCAUACAUCAUGUUAUGGUUUUUCUGUCUUUGAACUUCACAUCAAGAACAACGCCCAGCCUCGCCUCGCGUGCUCCCAAGUAAAAACAACUGAAUGGGUGUGCUUUGCAGAGUUGCAGGAAGUGUGUGUUACUAAACUACGGUGAUCAUUAUUCCGCUAUCUGCCUCCAUUUGUUUUAAGUCUUUAUAUGAAAACGAGGCUUGUGGAAACAAUUUUAUCAGGAAACGAUGCAUGUUAAUUAAAAUCAUAACUAUAUUCAUCUUUAAAUUGAUUAUUUAUAGGCUAUUUAUUAUUAAAUGAUAUGAACAUUUUGCUUCUAUAAAACAUUUAUUCAGAAAACCUAUAGCAUUAUGAUAUUUGAUGUAUGGGAUUUCUGCCGUAAUAUUAGCUGAUCAUAAAGAUGAAAUUUGAAAUUCACUCAUAAAACAGACCCAAUGGUCCACUUCACCAAUUCCCGCUGUAAUAUUAUUUUCUGUUUAAUAACCUAAACGCCUAAACGGACAUACCUCUUUAUUUUGCACAUGAUCCAUUUUCUUAUAAGGAUAACGAAGUAAUUAUAGAAUAAUUGUUGUAUAUCUUAAUGCGGAUAUUUCAUUAGCCUCCUAAUGUAGGCUACACUACACGGACAAACAUCGAAAAGAACAAAACAAUUAUAAGAUAUCAUAUUAUUUAUUUACAUCUGAAUUAUCCUUCAACGAAAUGUAAGGUUUAGGAAUAUUUUUAACUUUAAAGGCAAUAAUAAAAUAAACAAUAUUAAAACCUUUUGCAUGGUCUGCAUAUGUACGCACAAUUUAUCAAUGAGUACACAAUCUAGCUGAAUUCAAAUUGCCCAAUGGCCAUUACAUGCAUAAUCAAAUUGAAAGUUACCGGACAGAGGGAAACAUAUUUAUCAUAAAAGUCAUACUAUCUUUGUAGCUCCACCAAAAUACCAACUAAGUCAUGGAUGUUUUUUUGUAUGGGAACAAAAUCAAUUGCAAAGUGCAUAAUAGCCUACAUGAAUUAUGCUCUUUUUACAGUUGAUUAUUUUUGUUAUUAUUGGCUACAAUUGGACGUUUCAUUUAUUUAAAUAGUUUAGCCUAGGCUACUAGUUGAGAAAUCAUGUAAUUUACCCGAUUCAGUUUGAUUUCACAUAGGCUAUGUACAGACAUAUUGUUAUAAUUAUUAUUACUAUGAUGAUUAUAAUUAUUAUCAUAAUAAUAAUAAUUAUUAUUAUUAUUUAAGUAGUUUUUUUUUUUUACCACUGUUUUGUUUUGCAGGUGAAUAACUUGAUCUGGCACGUGAGGUGUCUAGAGUGUUCUGUCUGCCGGACGUCGUUGCGUCAACACAACAGCUGUUACAUCAAAAACAAAGAGGUCUUCUGUAAAAUGGAUUAUUUCAGGUAGGGUAAGUUUUUGACUUUGUUUUCAAAAUAUGAUUAAUGUUUGCUGCCGCCUGCCGCCUGUGAGAUGCAGGUUGUCUCAUUUUAUAUGUCGGUGUUUAAAAUGGUAUUUAAAAGCUUAUAAGCAAAAUAGGGGUAGGAGUUAACUAUAGCCACUUUUUAUGAAUCCCAUUGUUGAGGCUACACCGUCGGGCUAAAUAUUGAGGUGUUGUAAAAUAAAUGUAAUUCUGCUAGUAUAGACUUUUGUUGUGGGGCGUGCAGUGAGACGUGUUUUGCAGGAAUUAUAAAUUGCUGGGAUAUUAUACGCGCAUUUAAAGAUGAAGAUGACGAUCAAUGCGCAUAACACUGGGCAAUGCCCAUGCUUCUUUGCCUUACAGUUUUGAAUAAUAAAUGUAUUAAAUCAUAUUUAAAAAAAACAACAACAAUAAGCGAUUGCAUAGGGCCUAGGCCACUAGGUCUUAUAACAACAACACCAAUACCACAUCAAUAAUAAUGAUGUUACGACAUAUACCACGAUUUAAUUUGUACAGGAUUACACUUUUUAAAUCAUAGUCCACAGAUCGUCAGCUCAGCCAGUCUCUUGAUUUAAAAAGCAAAGUGAGAUCAACGAAUUAUAAUCUGAUUAUAUAAUCAAAUCACAUUUUAUUGGUCGCAUACACAUUUAGCAGAUGUUAUUGGGGGUGUAGCGAAAUGCUUGAAUGAUACUGUAGGAUACUAUCUGUUAUUCUAUUGUUAUCUAAUCUGUUGUUAUAUUGUUAUAUAAUCUCAUACAUACCAAAACAUGUAUGAGUUAUUACCAAAUAAAAUCAAGACUAAUCUCUGGAAUGAUUUCCUGUGAUUGUCUAACAGAAGACAUGAGAAGGUAUUCACAGUUACAUUUACUGAUAACGAUUCUAAUCAGCGCUACCCCAAGACUACAAUUUGUUGGGCUAUUAUCAUAGCAUGUUGUUACACACCAUUUCUACAGUUCCUAUACACAAUAACACCAUUCAUCAUUGCUUUCAAUGCUAUUAUAUUUGUUUAUAGUUUCAUAUUUUUCCACAUGAUUUAACACACUAAAUAUACAUAAAACAUAAUUGCUUUCAAUGCUGUCAAUGCUGUUAUAUUUUCUAUAAUAUUGUAUAUUUAUAUAUAUUUAUAUUUUACCAGCUUCAUUCAUAUAACACAUUUGACACAAUAUUUACAAAUACCUGUAGUUACAUGCACACACGCACACGCACACACACACACACACACACACACACACACACACACACACACACACACACACACACACACACACACACACACACACACACACACACACACACACACACACACACACACACACACACACACACACACACACACACACACACACACACACACACACACACACACACACACACACACACACACACACACACACACACACACACACACACACACACACACACACACACACACACACACACAGUACAUACACUGCAGAGUAAGAAUAACACACCUCGGCUAAAGCUAAACUGUGAAGUCUCAUGCAGCAUGUGUGUCUCCAGUGUACCAUGAUUGCAGAGCACUCAACACAGUGCCUGAAAGCAAGCUCUCAAUUGGCCAGGCCUCUUCUCCUCUGCAUCAAUUUUCAGUCAAUGUGAAGUGACUGGCCCUUUAAAGUCGAUACUGUGUUUUAGGAGCUGCUGCCUCAGAAGGUUUAGUUUCUGUGUUAGGAUAAUAAUCUGAAGUGAUGCUUCACAAGAUGUUUCAUCUAAAGCCCUUCACAGAGAGACCCGGUCCCUGUGUAGCACAGUGGAACUAUUGAGAUAGGAACAUCAACACUUGUGUUGUGCUACGGCAUGCAGGCGUCGAGUGUAGUUAUCAGAUCAACAUCAAGGCUUAGACCACAGAACUAAAAGGAGUCAAUGUCAACCAAUAAUGUAUUACUGGACUUUAGUAAUAGAUUAACAUCAUCAGAGAUACAUGCAGGGAGUGUAAACAUGAUAUAUUUUUUUAUGUGAUGCAUGUGUAAUAUGUUUACAAGAGAAAAUGAUCAAUAUUGAGCUACUAUGAUUGCAAAGCUCAAAUGAGCCAUGAAAUGUUCUCUCAUAAUGCAGGAUAAAUGUGAAACACUAUCUGACUAUAGAUUCUUAUUUAAUAGAUAGAGAUAAUGUUAAUUGGAGUUAAUAUACUAAAAGCUCUAUGCAUCCUGAGAGUAUCACAUGGAGUUUGUCAUUAAUAACUAAUUAUAUUGAUCUCUUCUGGCUCAGAAUUGCUACAUACUAUAUUGUUCCAUUCAUAAUAAACUGCAGAGGGAAUUGCUUUACAGCUGAGCAAGGCCAUAUAUUUUAAACUGAGAUAAUUGCAGAAUAAUAUUGCCUGUAAUUUAAUUAUUACUGACCGAUAUGUUGAAAUAUUUACAAUUACAUAUUGGUUUAUAUUUAUGGAAAGUUUUCCAGAUUAUUGAAAAAAUGUGUACAUUAAGCUGGUAAAGUUGAAUAUUGUAAGAAAUACAGUACGACCAUCUGUUGUAGGAAAAAGGAGUCCACCAUACACCACACAAUACAACCCACAGAACCUCCAGUAUUUCUCCUUCAUUAUUAGUGUCCACUCACGUGAGAUGCGGGUUGUGUAGUUUUAUGGUGUUCAAAAAUAUAUUCAAAAACGUUAACAAAAAAGCGUUUGAACUUAACUGUUGGCAAGUUUUUUAAAUCCCAUUAUUGUAAGAAAUACGACCAUCUGCUGUUGGAAAGAGGAGUCACCCAAACAUUCUAAACGGGUAGUUUCUUGUUUUAUUUAUUUUACUCUGGAAUAAUUCCACAUCAUAGAGAUUCAUUUUUCCUGGAGACGGACACAAAAUUGUGUGCCAAAUGGCACCCUAUUCCCUAUAUAGUGCAAAUAUAGUGCACUAUAUAGUACAAAAGUAGUGCACUAUAGAGAAUAGGGUGCCAUUUGAGACACAGCCACAGAGUAUGGUGGCAUGUUGGGAACAUAACUAGAGGCAGAAUGUGAUUGACUGUCUAAUGUAUUAUUGUGGACAUAGUGAAAGGGCUUUAAUGGUUCCAAGCUUGAGAGGGAGCCUGGGAAUGGUUUAUCCCGACAGUCAGUUUAGCCACAGUCAGUGGGCACGGUGGCAUCUCUUUGUGUGUGUGUGCGUGCACGUGUGUGUGCAUCGGUGUGUGUGCGCGCGCGUGUGAACAGUUUAGUCAUAGCAAAGUCAUAGUCAGUGGGCACAGUAGCAUCUCCCUGCACUGACUACAUUCCCUCAGAGGAUGGCAACAGGUCCUGCAGAAAGAGAGGUGUGUGUGAAUGUGCAUGUGCUUGCGUCAGAGAGGUGAAGGGAGUGACCCUGCUUGGGGGUGUGGGAUGUGUAGGGGGGUGAGAUGGGGUUCAUACUGGCACUGUUGCUGUGAGAAUUCAGCAACACCAGCACAGCACAGAGCUGUGAGGAGGAGUGAGCAGUGAGCUGGGUCUGCCUGCCUGGUGUUUUUCUGAUGGUAACCUGAUACAGAGCCACUGGCCUGAGGUUUAUAAUCACCAGCAAUUAAAGCCCCCAGCCCAGCACCCAUCGCCCAGCGUUGUCCGCGUUAUCGUGUUUCUGAACGUGAUUCCUGUCACACUCCACACACAUAGACGCACACAGGGAAACACACUCAUGCAGGCACGCAUUCACGUGCACACACACGCACCCAUGCACACACACACACACACACAUACACAUGCACAGACUCCACACACACCGACACAGACCUAUACAUCACACACACAUGCGCGUGCGCACGCACACACACACAGGGAUCACUAUAUGUCUCUGGCCCUCCCGUUCCAACAGGCGCUUAGGGAAAAGGCCUGAUCUUUCUGUCCACAUCAGGUGCGUUGUGUGUGUGUGUGCGCCUGCCAUUGGAACCUGCUUAUGUAAAGGUGACCGUGCCUACUUCCACACAAAGGCCUUUGUGUGUUUACUCUUGUCCAGCUGUCAGUUAUUAAGGUGAAGUUUGUUACAACAUGGAAAUUGUGUGUGCAUUCUGGUAUACAAUAAUAAUGUGAUGUGUGACCCAUAUCAGCAUAAGGCUCCCUUGGCCCCGUCCCCAUUUACCCUGAAACCCCAAAUACUUCUAUUCCCUCCAGUGGGGCCAGCAAUUAAAAUCAAAGAUGGGGGAUUUUGUAUUGUGAAAUGGACAUGGUUGAAAGCCAUAGUGAUGAAGGAUAUUAGUGAGGUAUGAUGUGGUAUUGUUGUGGUUGGGACCAGAAGCAUCCCCAUAUGCGGAGUUUGUUUGUUUACAACAAUCUUAACCAGUGACUGGUCAGGUGUGUAUAAAACUGUCAAACUGAAUUUAUUGCUCUUCUGCAGAGAGGGUUAGAUUGAAUUAUCUCUCCCUUUUCCACUGUGCAGCUUGACAUUCAACCUCACCGGUGUUAACCAGGUUACCUGCUAGGCCUGUAUAAAGGUUUAGACUGUAGUGAGUUCUGAGGACCAGACAGGGCUGGGCGUCACUCAUUCCUCAUUCUGGCUCUGGAGAGAAAAACAAGGAGAUAUUUAUCAUUUGUGUCAGUCUCUCAUCUGGCUCUGGACUGACAGCUGCUGUAAUCGGGCGUAAUAGCAGGAAAUCAGAGUGGGUUUACUCUGCCUGAGGGGGGUUGUGGAGGAGCAGGGGCAGAGGGGUAUGGGACAGAGCAGACGCUGUAGUACCUGGCCCCAAAACAGAAAAACAGCCAGCCUGCGAGCCGUGUGCUGCCGUGAGCCGCAGGCCACACAGGAAGUUGCAAAGCACCGCCAAUCAGGGGCACCCUGGGAUGCUGACACGGUAACCUGAGUGGCCGUCCGCACCGCUGCGUUGGGGUUGGGGCGGUCAGCGGUGCUAGGUGGCGGGAGGUGUGUGCGUGUGUAUGAGGUUGGGGGGGCGGGGUGAGGAGCUGCCGUAUGUAGCCUAUCCAGUCAUCCUCUUCAACCCACACCGCUGCCAGCCUGCUUCCUGCCAGGCACUGAUGAGGUCUCCGUAGCAACCGAAAGGAGCAUGCCGUGAGUGAAACCAGACCUGGUAGAGGAAAAAGAGAUUAGAGAUGUCAGAUUGUCUGACAGGAGAAGUCAGGAAGGUAAACAAACACACCGAGGCUCAGGAUAUCAGGAUGUGUCUGUCCUUUACUGAUUUAGGAUGAAAUUAGGUGUUUUUACCUGGUAGGAAAUAGGGCAACUAUCCUGUUUGGAUAAGGAAAUAUGCCUAUAUCACAUACAAUGGUAAUUUUGGUCUUAAUCUCAGACUGGUGACAAAAAAAACAGUGCAUGUUGAAAUGCUUUCAUAAUAGUAUCUGCAGAAAAUGUACAUGGAAAUGUCAAUAAGAAAUUUGUCCAUGUUCAGUAAUAUGUUCAAGCUCAAACAUCUUGGGGAUGAAUAUACUCUCUAACCCUGCUCAACAGUAUAGGCCUCUUAACUCUUUGGGCGGCAGGUAGCUUAGUGGUUAAGAGCGUUGUGCCAGUAACCGAAAGGUCGCUGGUUCUAAUCCCCGAGCCGACUAGGUGAAAAAAAUCUGUCGACGUGCCCUUGAGCAAGGCACUUAAUCCUAAUUGCUCCUGUAAGUCGCUCUGGAUAAGAGCGUCUGCUAAAUGACUAAAAAAUAAAAAAUAAACUACCAAGCUACCUCUCUCCAUGAAAACCACAAUCAAAGAGAGCUCUCUCAGGGCCGAUCUACCCCAGAUUACAGAAAUCCCAGAGCAUACAAAACGAAUCCCCAAAACGUGUACCUCUUCAAGUGCUUCUCUUCAGCUGUAGGUAGAUGAGUGUGGAGCUGAGCGGAGCAGAGAGGAGGGCGUGCACGCCGGGCAAAAGAACACAGACAUAGACACACACACACUUCUGUGUCGUAGAGUCUGAGGCAGACAAGCUGUCAUGGUAGAUUACAGUUCUGUUCCACAACAUUUAUUUCUUAACUGUCCUCCACAAUGCAUCAUCAAUCAACACACUGUAUUCUCAGUAAAGAUAGAUAGUCAGUUUAAAGUACACAAUAAACCCUGGAAUGGUUUCACAAAGGCUUUUGUAUGUGUUGUGAGCAGUGUGUAUUCUUGCAUAAUGACAUUAUUAUAUUGUACCUCCAGUCCUUAUGUCUGUCCCUCAUCAUUCAGUAGUCCUAUCUAUGAAUUGAAGAUGCAUGUAGCUGGAACUGAGAAUUUUAGGUGAUCGGGCCAGGGAAGGGGAGGUGUGUGUGUGUGUGACUGUGCGUGUACCAUAGUACCCUUUCCCAGGGAAGAGGCUGAGACAUCCAGCCAGCCAGCCAGGCAGAUCUGUACAGUCAGUCUCAGACCUGUCUUAGUACCUUGUCAUGUCAUUUUGUUGUGGACGUAUCCCAGAGUGCUUCUCUCUCAGCACUGGAGUCAGUGGAGCAUGGAAGCCAAGCACAUAAUAACUCUAACUGAACCCCAUAGCGUUAUCCUGGAACUGGGAUAGGCUGCAUACCAAAUGGCAACCUAUUCCCUAUAUAGUGCACUACUUUUGACCAGGGCCCAUAGGGCCGCUAUGUAGGGAAUAGGGUGCAAUUUGGGACGCAGGCAUUGAGCCGGGGAGAUGCUGCCUGCUUCCAAAUCAGUCUGCUGCUCCAUGCCUGGUCUGCUAUGAUUGGUGAUUGGUUUCCCCCAGCCCCUUAUACUUGGCCCUUCACCCCUCAUCUCUAGCCCUUUGGGAUUGUUACCAUGCUUAUGACACUGUGUUUAUAUGAGAGAUCUCUGAGCUCUGGAGACAGGGUCAUUUCCUCUUAGUAGACUGACUUGACUCUCCUUGUCAUACACGCAAACACGGACACACACACACACACACACACACAUACACACACACACACCCCGAUGUGGAGGGACAGAGAAAGGCUGUACUAAUGGUCAGGCCAGGGGCCAUCUGCAGACCAUUAGUACAGCCUUUCUCUGUCCGUCCACAUCGGCCCCACCAUGCCCCUGAAACACUGACUGGGUCAACCCAAAUGUCUGGGUCUAAACAGGCUGGACAAGUCCAGUUCAAACAAACUAACACCUGAUCUCUCAAUAGCCUCUUUUAUGGUGGAUAUGACACAUCUCGACCAGGCCAGUCAGGCAGUCAAAAACGAUCAACUAAAUGUAGUACUUAAUUGAUAGUACUUUAGUUUGUCAUAUGUGCCCCUCGUUGCAUAGACUUAAGUGGCUAACAGCUGUGAUAUUGGUGUAAAACAUAAUAUUGGCAAAAUAUUCUUCAUGUCAAAAUCAUGAUGGUAGGAACAUUUACUUUGGCAAAAUGGAGCCUGGAUAGCCAGGCCAAGAAAUUCAGUUAACCUAUUAGUUUGAAAUUAAAUAAUUCACCUCCAUUCAACUCAUAAUGUAAACUGAUGAUCUGAACAAGCAAAAACCAAAUUCUGCAAUAUUGACAGACUGAUUUUUUAUUUUAAGGAUACUACAGUAGGCUAUCUAUAUAAAAAAAAAAUGCAUGAUUCUCUCUGUCUUUCUCUCUCUUCUCCCUCUCUUAAAAUCAGACCAGAACAUGUCAUCAGCCAAGCUCUGCUUCAGCUCUGUAAUGUUAGUGCCCUCAGGAGAGCUGAUUGGUUCAGUGUGGAACAAGUGUAGAAAGUAUUUUUUUUAAAGGGGUGAUAUAUGGAAGACUUCAUUUAUUUAUUUGCAAGUCAUUGGAAGGUGGGGAUACCUGAUUUACUAAAGGUCCAGUCCGAAUGUCAGAAUGUUGCUUUUCACAUUGUGCAUCCAUUUAAAUUCAUGGAUUUGACUAGUUCAGUUCAGCUAUAAACACGGUCAUAUUUUAUACAUAAAGUUGACAUAAUAACAAGUCUGCACAUAGAUUGUUUUUUUUAUUCCGUUUUUUUGUCCUCCUCUAUAUCAGAGUAUUGAGGCACAAAGACUAGGUUGGGGAGAGGGAGAUGGAAGGGAGUGGGGAGGGACGAGGAGGGGAGGGGCGAGGGAUAGGGGAGAGUGAGGGGAGAGGGCGAGAGGGGAGGGGGGAGAGGGAGAGAGGUGAGAGCGGGAGAAGAUAGAGCGAGAGAGUGAGAGAGAAUCGGGAGGGGUCGAGAGAGAGCGAGCGAGAGAGAGAGAGAGAGAGAGAGAGAGAGAGAGAGCGAUCGAAGAGAGGGGAGCGUGAGAGAGAUGAGAGGGAGCGGAGGAAAAGCGAGGGAGAGAGGAGAGAGGAGACGGAGAGAGAGCGGAUAGGGGAGAGGGUAUAUUCAUCGAGAAAUAGAUAGAUCAGAGGAAGAGAGACUCUCUCUAGCGAAACGUACGUAGAGAGAGUAGCUAUAGCGUAGAGGAGUAGCGAUCGAUAUAUCGCUCUCUCUCUAAAUCUCUCGCUCUAUCGCGCUCUUCGAUCUCUCUCUUCUCUCUCUCUCUUUCGUUGCUAUGCUCAUCUUCUCUCUCUCUCUCUCUCUCUCUCUCUUACUCUCUCUCUCUCUCUCUCUCUCUCUCUCUCUCUCUCUCUCUCUCUCUCUCUCACAGUAAGUUCGGUACAAAGUGUGCCCGGUGCGGCCGCCAGAUCUACUCCAGCGACUGGGUGCGUCGAGCCAGGGGCAACGCCUAUCACCUGGCGUGCUUCGCCUGCUUCUCCUGCAAGAGGCAGCUGUCCACGGGAGAGGAGUUUGGCCUGGUAGAGGAGAAGGUGCUCUGCAGGAUCCACUACGACACCAUGGUGGAAAACCUCGAACGAGCUGCCGAGAGCGGUGAGUCACUGGGCUCUCUAGAACCUGCUCUCAGUGGGUUCACUAGUCUAAAACGUUCUAUCUCAGUGUCUAAAGUUACUGUCAAAACGAUAAACCUACUGUAUGCGUACACUUUUAUUUAGUAUACAGUUACACAACACUGUAGGCUUCUAUACACUACACUCUUAGAAAAAAAGGUGUUAUCUAGAACCUAAAAGGGUUCUUCAGCUGUCCCUAUAGGAGAACCCUUUGAAGAACCCUUUUUGGUUUCAGGUAGAACCCUUUCGGUUCCAGGUAGAACCCAUUUGAGUUCCAUGUAGAACCCUUUACACAGAGGGUUCUACAUGGAACCCAAAAUAAUAAUAAUAAUAUGCCAUUUAGCAGAUGCUUUUAUCCAAAGCGACUUACAGUCAUGCGUGCAUACAUUUUUUUUUUUUUUUGUGUAUGGGUGGUCCCGGGGAUCGAACCCAUUACCUUGGCGUGCUCCGUGCUCUACCAGCUGAGCUACAGAGGACUACAGCUAAAGAGUUCUACCUGGAAACAAAAAGGGUUCUACAUGGAACAAAAAGCGUUCUCCAAUGGGGACAGCCCGAAAAACCCUUUCUAAGAGCGUAUAACAUUGUGAUGUAUCUUUGAUAACACUGCUCACUGGGAAAACUCUAAACCAAUGUCGUCAUCUCAUGCCAUUUUUCCCCCUCUCUUUCUUUUUGUCUUUCUCUCUUUCUUCCCUAUCCUCCUUUUCUUUCUCCCUGUCUCUGUACCCUGGUGUCUCAGGAAGUGGCAUCACUCUGGAGGGGGCAGUGCCAUCAGAGCAGGACAGCCAACCCAAGCCUGCCAAGAGAGCACGCACCUCCUUCACUGCUGAGCAGCUGCAGGUAAGUCACAGAGAGGGAACCACAUGUCCCUGUCUCCUCAUUUCUCUUUCUAAUAAUAAGUCAAUACAUCAUCAUUAUUUUACAGAUAGGCUGGGGAAGUGAUUUCUCUAUCUUAGCAACUUUCUAAUGGUCAUUGUUGGCAACAUUGUCAGAUGUGGUUUGAUGUCUCAUUCAUUUCAAUGGGCUCGUUGUUGUUUAUCUCUGCAGUAAUAUGACGUUUUAAUUUCUGGAGCUGAUACUAUACAAUAUGGUAAUAUUGACAGUGAGGUCAUAUAUUUCUAAUAACUUAUGUAAUAUUUCCCAGGUGAUGCAGGCUCAGUUUGCACAGGACAACAACCCUGAUGCACAGACCUUGCAGAAACUGGCGGACAUGACGGGUCUAAGCAGGAGAGUCAUACAGGUGAGUGUCUGUUCACGCAGUCUCAAAGUAUUAAUGUAAAGAAAUUGUAAGUUGCUUUGGAUAAAAGUGGAUAAUGCAUGACUAAUUGUCCUAAAACAACGAGAAUAUAGCUACCUAUAUAUGACGGUUGGUAACAUUGCAUUUUCAUAGGUUUGGUUUCAAAACUGCAGAGCAAGACACAAAAAGCAUACCCCCCAGCACAGCGGACCACCGCAAGGCCACCCCCAGUCCCGGAUGCCCCCUUCACUGCCCGACGACCUGCAUUACUCCCCCUUUGGCAGUCCUGAGAGGGCACGCAUGGUGGCCCUGCACGGAUACAUCGAUAGUGAGUGUUACAUUGGUUAGUCUCUUCACUACAUCCUCACAAAGCCCUCUACUCUGCUUCACCGACUCUCUUUUCAGCGCUUUCAUCCUCGUUCCCUCUCCUAGAAAGGAAGGACAAAGGCAUAAAGAGAGAUACAGUGAUUUGUCCUUGUCUACUCUGUAGUGACUGUGUUUCGCUGUGUCAAUAGUUCAAGUUUUCUAACAAUAAAACAAAUUAUACUGUGCUUAAGUAUGUUCCUUUACUGCUCCUCCAUCUUGAUACUGUGCUUAACUGUGUUAUAAUAUUUGAAGUGUGUCCCUCUGUUCCAGGCCACCCGUUCUCCGUUCUAACGCCACAGAGCCUGAACCCCCAUCAAGCCAUGUCGCUACCCCAGCUACCCCUCAGCCGCUAA